CAAAAAGACUUGUGUUCACGUGAUAAACCUACUGUCAAAAUUGUCAUUCACGAAAAAAACAAUACCGCGUGUGAUUUUGUUGUAGUCAAAGAGGUGCUUUACAUUUAUUUUCAUGUGGAAUUUAAAUAAAUACGAUUAAUAUUAACUGUGCACAAGUGGAAAGAACCAUGGCGUGUCCAAUACUGGAAGAUAUAGCUGCCAAAUUCAAUGGUUUCACAGAGAAACCAGUUAAAUUUCUCGCUGUGCAAAGUGACCUUAAAGAUGAUAUUAAAAAUUUGGUUAAAACAAUUUACGAUUACACUAAAACUCAAGAAACUGUCGAUAAAAAAGUAAAGAAAGCUGCGCUACCUGAGUUGAUCGUUCAAGACUUCGAUGAGGAGCAGGUAUGGCAACAAAUAGAACUUCAAAACACAGAAUGUUGGGAUCAGCUUGUGUGGGAUGUAGCUAAUUGUAUGUCCAGUAAAACUAACUUAGAGUUCCCUGUCACGACUUCCAAGGAAGAAAGCGAUGAGAAAAAUAGUUUAGAUAGCGAUAAAUUAAUGUCUGAAGAUGAGGAAAUCUCAGAAUCAGAGAAAUCUGAUCAGAAUGAUGAAGAAGAUGAAAUUAAUGUAAAACCUAAGAAAAAGACAAAAACAGCUCCAAAAUCAAAGGGUAAGAGUUCAAUAGUUGAUGAUCAGUUCUUCAAACUACAAGAAAUGGAGAAAUUUCUAUUAAAUGAAGAAAGGAAUGAAGGUAAGAAAUCUAGAGAAGAUGACAGCGAUGAAGAAUCUAUUGAUAUGUUUAACGAUAUUGAUGAUGAUGAUGGUUCCAAUGAUGAAGAAGGUGGAAAAGAGGCCAUGUACUCAGAUUUCUUCAAUCUGGAUGGAGAAAAUGAGGAAGACCAUAAUGGUGAAGUUAAUGACAACGGAGAGAUGAAUGAUGAUGAAGAUGAUGAAGAAAUGGAGGCUGAAGAAGAUGAUCAGUCAGAUCAAGAGCCUCCGAAAACAGAUACUAAGAAAAAAGUAAAGUUUGCACUUGCUGAAUCGUCAUCAGAUGAUGACGAUGACUCUGUAGACAGCGACACACCUACCAACAACAACAAAAUUCAACCAGACGAAAAGAAAUCAGAGUUUGAACAACGGCAGCUACGUUUGAAACAACAGAUAGAAAAACUAGAACAGAAAACCCUGUCUGAAGCUCCGUGGCAGUUGAAAGGUGAAGUAGACGCUUUGAAACGUCCGCAAAACUCUCUCCUUGAAGAAGUAGUAGACUUUGACCUCACUAGUAGACCACCUCCUGUAAUAACGGAGCAGACCACAGUUACAUUAGAAGACCUAAUCAUACGCAGAAUUAAAGACAAAGCUUGGGAUGAUGUAGAGAAGAAAGAAAAGCCAGUUGAUGACCAACUCUCGUUCCGUAAGAAUGUAGUAUUAGAUCAUGCCAAGAGCAAGUUAAGUUUAGCUCAGGUAUAUGAAGCUGAGUAUUUGAAACAAAAGCAAGCUGCGUCUGGAGAAGUAGAAGAAGAGAAGGAACCAGAGGCUCACACUGAAAUCCGUGACACAAUGAACAAGUUAUUUGCUAAGCUAGAUGCUUUAUGCCACUACCACUACACACCAAAGGCACCACAAGCUGAAGUGAAGAUUGUCAGUAACACACCAGCAAUAUCAAUGGAGGAAGUGGCUCCGGUAGCUACAAGUGAUGCUACAUUAUUAGCUCCUGAAGAAGUUAAGAGGAAGCGUAAAGGAGAACUUAUGAGCAAAGAGGAACGAACACAGACAGAUAAGAACAGAGAAAGAAGGAAAAAGAAGAAGCUACAACGGAAGAAAGGAAAAGUGGCAAAGGUGACAGAACAUCGGAAUACAGAGAAGGGUACCGUAACAACUUGUCCGAAGACGUCAAAGGCAUUCUUUGAGCAACUGACAAACGAUUCUCGAAGUUUAAUUAAGAAAAAUAUUGUAAAAAAUAAAGGACAAUAAUAAUAAAUGUUAUGUUUUCGUUGAUA